CGUGUGUGUGUGUGGGGGGGGGUGGUGUUGUGAGGCGCAGGGUGGGGAGAAUCUCAAGCUGUCUGCCUCGAACCCCCUUUGCAUCUCCUCACCUCCUCCUGGGGAGGAAUAUGUGGGUGUGCGUGGCCUGUCCAACUCCUAUUCCCUUUCUCCAAGCAAGGCCAUCAAAGCCGAAUCUGAACUUGAAUUCUGUACGGCUGAUUGCAGAGCUAGUAGGCCAACGAUUUCCUUGGAAAAAUGUAAUGGAAGGGUCACUUUGACUUGUUUUCAGAAGAUGGGAGAGGGAAUUUUCCGUCUGGCUACAGCGGAGGCUGGGGGUGGGGAGAGAGGGAGAGGGAUGAGGAAAUGAGACUGCUUCUGACCCUUCUCUUCCCUGCCUUGUCCUCCGUGAUGGCAUAGGCUUGAUGCCCUGAGGACUGGGAUAUUCAGUUCCUGGUGGAUGAGGGUCGACCUACCCCGGAAGCAAACUUUCUUAGGAAGGGCACCUGUUGCAGAGGCUGAAAGUGAAAUAAAGGCGCACACUUGUUUUUGAGCUCAUGUAAGAAUCUGAAAAAUAACAGGGCAAACUUUGAAAAGGGGAUGUGGUUAAAAAACCUGAGACCAUGAGUUUAAUGAAGAUCUUAUUUAUUACCACAAAGCCGUGAGACUCAGACUAUUGCAUACUAUUUUGAGAGCCCAAUUCAGCUCCACACACUUUUUACGUAGAAUUCAAAGCAACAGUUGCCUUUCCUCCUCCCUCUUGGAGAACUGAUGGGAGGGGAAGGAUGUGGCUCAGAAGGUUGUAAUUGACAGUCUCCUCCAGGGUAUUUUUAGGGCAGUGGGCAAAUAUAAAAUGUGCUGCAGGACAUUAAGGAAGGUAGAGAAAGCAACUGCAGACUGCUUCCCUGCACUCUGCUACUUUAUUGACCUAUCUCCCCCCGCCCCUUUACAGUUCCUAUUGAGAUACAAGGGAAGCACAGCCCGGGAACUGUAGUUCUGGGUAUUCCUCCUGCAGACUAGGCUUUUCUAAAAAGCCUGAGCAUCUUGUUAUAUAUAGAUGAUCAUUCUGUCAUGGCUAGCAUCAUUGCACGUGUGGGUAAUAGCCAGUGGCAGAACGCACCCUUGCGACCUUGAGCCCAUUCCAUGUUGAGGUCCCAGGAGAAGAGUCUUGGGCCUUUAAGGGUCAACAUGGCAGAAAGAAACUUUAAGUUGUUUUCAGGGAGGAUGAUGCCAGCCCAAGAGGAAGAAACCUUUGAAAACUGGUUGAUCAAAGUCGAUGGGGUCCUGCCAGAUUGGAGUACUCAGGAAGAAGAAAAGCUCAAGCACCUGAUGAAAACCAUUAGGAGCCCAGUCCAGAAGGUUUGCUCUAGGCAGCCAACCCCAGCCGUAAGUGUGGCAGAUUUCUUGUACACAAUAAAAUUGGUGUUUGGGGAGUCUGAAAGCAGUGUCACUACCCAUGGUGAAUUUUUCAGUACUUUACAGGCUCAAGGGGAGAAAGCCUCCCUUUAUGUGAUCCGUUUAGAGGUGCAGCUCCAGAACGCUAUUCAGUCAAGGAUCAUAACUGAGAAAAGUGCGAACCAGACCCUGCACCAGCUCCUUUUGUGGGCUGAGCUGAAUAGGGACAUGCACUUCAGGCUGAAACAUCUUCUCAAGAUGUAUGCAAAUGAACAGGGCUGUCUUCCCAAUUUCCUGGAGUUAAUCAAGAUGAUAAAGGAGGAAGAGGAUUGGGAUGACAGUUUUAUGAAAUGGAAGCAGGCCAAGAGAUCUGAGCUAAUCAUGGAGAGGACAGCCAGCCCUGUGGCAUUUCAGGGCCCACGGCCUACAGUGAUCAGCAGUGCUGACUGCAAUGUGAUCGAGCUAGAUGAUAUCCUCAGUGACUCAGAUGAGGAUGUGAUCCUGGUGGAGUCUCAGGACCCUCCAUUUCCAUACAUGGCUGCCCCUCCCCUCAGAGGCAGGGUUAGACCUCAGGAUCAAACGCUGGUCAUUGAUUCCCCCAACAAUUCCUAGGCUCAGUCUCCUUCCACCAGUGGGGGCUCUGGGGAUAUGCGUAGAUCCAGGAAGUGAAAAUACACAAUCCAAUGUUCAUUUGGUGAGAAGGGCCACUCAAAGGAAACCUGUGACAAUGAGAGUAACAUGGCCCAAGUAUUUGAGAAUCUGAUCAUCACCCUGCAGGAGCUAACACAUACAGAGGAGAAGAGGUCAAAAGAGGUCCCUGGCAAACACAAUGACCCCUCUGAGCCACAGUAAGGAGUUACAUCCAGCCCUAAGUGAACCCUUAACUAUAUUCAAAGACUGGUGAUGAGAAAAACAGGCAUGGAAGUUUGCAUAGGCUUCUAUCUGCAUAAAUUAAUUCACAAAAUAGUUUUCUUUGGGAAAGAAGAGGUCUUAGACACCAGCAAAGUAGAGGGAGUGGCCUGACCUCUGUCCCUGCUCUCUCUGUUUGCCUAAGGGUCUAUUCUCUAUGUGUCUAUUUCCUUGAUGACUUUAGUCCUUUUAUAAAAAAAGUAUAGUUACUUUUUAAACCGUCAAAAAUGGAGGAAAAUACAAAACUGUUAAACCAUCAAAAAUGGAGGAAAAUACAAAAACUAAACUACAAAUUACUUAUAUAAACAUUGUCAGCCCUUUGAUGAAUGUCCUAGAUAUUUCCCUAUACCUGUGUACCCAGAUAGAUAUAUGUAUAGGUAAAAGUGAUCAAAUAUAAGUGCUAUUCGAUACUGUGUAUUUUUUUUCACCAAACAAAAUAUGUUGUGGAUGUCUA